AUGAACGUGAAUUGGAUCGCAAACCUGCAAAAUCUGCUGGACAAAAAAAAAACAAGCCGCGAAAUGAGCGAUCACGCAAAAGUGAUUAGGACAGAAAGCAAGGUGCACAAGCAUAGUAGCCACCAGGAGUGUCGUCCCCCCUUGAGUAGUAAGCAACAUGUGGAAGGAGACCGUUUGGGGAAACCGCCAGAGUGUGGCUCUCAACAGUUGCACACAUAUUGCAUAAAGAAAGCCAUCAUAGACAACUACAGAAAGGAGCAGAUAAAGGAGUUAUAUCCCUGGCAGGUAGAAUGUUUAAAUCAGAUGAGAACGGUUAGAUGGGAAGAGGGGGAAAGUUUCAUUUUCGUUGCUCCAACAUCAGGUGGUAAAACUCUGGUAACUGAAAUAUUUGCCUUUGAGCAAAUGCACAGGACGGAAAAGACUUUUUUCCUAUUUCCCCUCAAUUCGCUAAUACAUGAAAAGAUGAGUUAUUUAAGGAAGUUAUGCAAGGGGACAGACAUCAAGGUGGGUAUUGAUUUUGCACAAAAUGACAUUGUGUUAUGUACUUACGAAAGAAUGAAUAAUUAUUUGAAUAAGAGUAAAUUUGAAAGUCAAGAGGUAGGGAUGGAUGGGGGUAUGGAUGGGGAAAAUUGGUCACCCCAAGGAAUUACUACCACCCCAGGAAGAUACCCCUCACACAACUUCAUCGUUGUUAUUGAUGAGUUCCAUCUGAUCAGUGAAAAGGGAAGAGGAAUUUAUAUAGAAAAUAUUAUAUCGAAAAUUAUGUACCUGAACAAAAAGGAAGCAAGGAUAAAGAUUAUAUGCAUGAGUGGGACUUUGAAUAAUUUUCCUACUUUAAAAAGAUGGAUGAAUGCCAAAAUAUAUAUUUCCCCUUAUAGACGUCCCCAAGAGAUAACAGAGCAUUAUAUUUGUAACUGUGGUGUGUAUAGAAAGGAGAAGAAGAAAGAAGGCUAUCCCUUUUCUUACCUGUGCAACGUAUAUGAUUUUCAUCAAUCAUGGAAAGACAUGCCUGAUGAACAAGGGAAGCUACGGUGUUUGUAUAAAGUAGAAAGUGUUAAGACUGUGAAGAGGUGUAAUUUGAGUGACGAAAUAAGUAUGUUUUAUCAGAAUACAAAAAAUAAUAUUGCGAAUUUUUUGAAGAUGAGGAACCUUUCAGUGAAUAACAACCUCAUCAAUUCUCUCCUCUGCUUUUCCUUACACAGUCGAGUAAACAAAUUAAAUACUCUUAUCUUUUGCUCUACGAAAAAAAAUUGCGAAAUUUAUGUCCGGUUGAUUAAUCAGUACUUUUGUGCCUUCCCUGUGGAUGACACCCCGCAGGAAGUGCAACUGAGGAGGGAAAAAUUGAAUGAAAAAAUUCGUCAACUGGAUAGAUACGCACACAGUACCAUGAGCAAGUUAGUGGCCAAUGGGAUCUGUUACUACUACAGUGACAUUUCAAACUCGAUUAAGCGACUGAUUGAGGUGGCUUACAAGGAGAAGACGCUCUUCUUGCUGACCUGCACAUCGACUCUGUCUGUUGGGCUCAACCUAUUUGUGGAUCGGGUUUUAAUAUCAUCCCCUUUUAUCGCCCAGAACUUUUUAAACGUCACACAGUAUAAGCAGAUGAUUGGCAGGGCGGCCAGGGAGAAGCAGGGAGACUCCUUUCUGUUCGUGGAUAAGAAAUAUGAAAAAAAAAUGCUUCAAAUAUUUCAGGAGAAUUGCACGAAUAUUAGGAGCACCAUGAAUGAUGGCAGUUCGCUAGAUGAGAUGGAAAAGUACAUAAUUGAAUUCCUGUGUCUGUUGGAUUCUCGACCCAUGUCUGUGCGCGACGUGGUUAUGAUGCUGUCUUUCUCGCUGUGCUUUACAGAGGUGGCGCUGGCGAGGGAGGCACUCACUAGGGCAUCUUCCCCUCGAAAGGCGGCUGAUCAGUGGAAUGGCCCAUGGGAUGGUGAAGCGGUUGCCAAUGCGGUUGCCAUUUCGGGCGGUCAAUCGGUUGGCCAAUCGGCUUGCCAAGCGGCUGCUAAUGCGUGUGGCAAAAACAGCGCGCAUCCCCCCCAGCGCGAGGCGCUCGGCGCGGACUCACGACAGAAGGGGGGUCAAACGGAAGUAAGGGCGUCCACCAGGUGCCCCCUCGAAGUUGAUGAAGAAAACUUCACCCCCAGUGAACGCAUCUUUUACGAAGCAAAAAAGGAGCAAAUACACGCCGUCCUAAACAUUCUAAUAGAUUACAAGUGUGUUCAGGUGGAUAGUAACCGAAGAAAAUUCCACCUCACAAACUUUUGCAGAUCCUUAUGUGUUAGUAAUUUCAGUGUAUCCUUUGGAUACGAAUUAUUAUCUGAAGUAAAAAAUUAUGACCGGUUAUACCUGUUCAACCGGAGCUUUCACCUGUGUUACAUUUGUUCCACACAUAAUUUGAAUAUUGCUUCCUUUUCCUACUACCUCCCUCUGCUGAAAAAUUUAAUCGCUAUGGUCUGUUCAGACAAUUACACCAAGUACAUAAUUUUUCACGUGUUAAAAUUUGAUUACGACAUGAUCAACAUGCUAGCCUUGAAGAAUCAUAAUAAUUUAUUUUCAAGGAAGAGAAAAUAUUUUGAAGACGAUAAAGUGGAGAGGAAACAUAAUAAGUUGUAUCUGUCCAUUUUUCUGUUUCUGUAUUUGAAGGGAACAACCACUUCCGUUCUUUGCUCUCUUUUUAAAAUAACGAAGGAUGUCUUUCAGUCCAUUUUGCAACAUACACACAUGUACAUUCAUAUAUUGAUUUCAUUUUUUGACCGACUGGAUGAGUGGAUCAUCUCAAGUCUGCUCAAGAUGUUCAUUCUAAACUUUAAGACUUAUAAUAGAGUCACUUGGCAGGACGGAGAGCGCGCUGCGAAUUGGCCCAAGGGGGAGAGAGCUAUCCAUGAGGGAGAAGGCAGACGCGGCAAGCGCAAGAACGAAGCGGAGGACGAGGAGGAGUUAAAUAUAAGUGAUCCAGUUUAG